AUGAGCGAUGACGCAAAAUCAUCAUCACCUAGGAAAUCACCAGCCAAAAGGGGUGUGCAAUAUUCCGAGGAAACAGAAGCAGCCAUUGCGGAUUUCGUAACUUCGGAGUUCUGCCGGCAGGACAAAGACUUGACCACGCAAAUCAACGAACUUUUUCCCACGGAACAGUCUUUGAAUCAGUUGGAAUCAGUGAUCUCUACGGUCGAAGGGCAGAUUCUGGAAUUAGAUUGCGAGUUGGCGAACCUUGUAGAAACACAUGCAACGGCAGGAAAAGAAGGCGAGGAUGCUUUAAAAGAGGCUCAAGCAGCUAUGGCUCAAUUGGAAAAGAAAAUUGAAUCAAUACGUGGGAAAACUCAGUCGUCAGAUGAAGUGGUACGCGAAAUGACGCGAGACAUUCACCAGCUCGACAUUGCGAAGAGAAAUCUCACUGCCGCCAUUACAACUUUGCACCAUUUGCACAUUUUGUUGACCGGAGUCGAUGAUUUAGGGUCUUGGAUUGCACGACGUAAUUAUGCGUCAAUUGCACGACAACUACCAGCGGUCCUAAAUGUUUUGCAGCUCUUUGAUUCAUUUCGGGAAAACGAACAAAUUCGGGCAAUUUCGGAGAGAUUGGACAAACUAAAACAUACAUUGACGCUUCAGCUAGCUGGAGAUAUGAAGAGCGCUUUUCAAGCUGGAACUUUAAACGAAUCGGUGACGGAUAUGUGCCGAGUUGCAGCUGCUCUUGAAGGAAAUGUGAAAGAAAACUUUUGCAAAUGGUUUAUUGAGCGGCAGUUAAGCGAAUACACCGUCUUGUAUGCAGAAAAUGAGGAAGCGGCUUGGUUAGAUAAAAUUGAAGACAGAUACAAAUGGUAUGUGAGACGUUUGACUGAUUUUGAGCGAUCGGGUCUUUCGGCUGUAUUUCCUAACGAUUGGGAUAUGGGUCGUCAAUUGACAAGACAAUUUUGUAUUAUCACAAAAGACAUUUUAAUCAAAAUGAUGACAAGACGGAGACAGGAUCUAGAUUGGAAAUUGUUAGGUCAUGCCAUUCAACACACAAAAAUGUUCGAAAGCUUACUCGUCAAGCGUUUCCCUGCAAAGGGGCAAUACAAUUUUGAUAAGGCACUCUGGGAAUCUUUUGACCAAUUUUUGGAUGUUUUUAUAGCUGCUCAAGAGAAGACUUUGAACGAUUUUAUAGAUGGGUGUGCACAGAAGAUUCGAAAUGGAAAUGAACGUCCUUCUCGAGAAACAUGUCUCUUUGCGGUACCGCUCCCCUCAUCCGCGGACUUGUUUUUGCUUUUGAAGAAAGUGAUCACCGAAAGCAGCAAAUUAAGCAGUCAACCGGACGCCUUGUUAAAAGACAUAGUCACUUUGUUGCGAAGUUGUUUACGUGGAUUUGCACACAGCUGUUUAACAGCUUUUCUUCCACAACAAUCAAGUGGAUCUUCUAUUGCCACAACUGUCAACCUUUUCAAUUUGAUUCGAGAUGAUACAAUUCCAAUUAGAUUAACACCGGAUCAACAAUUCCUUACGUGUUGCAUUUUGGCCACUGCAGAUUGGUGCGCAGAAACUACCAUUCAACUACAGGAGAAGCUUGUUCAACGAUUGACGGGGAUCGAUUUGUCGCAAGAGACUGAAACUUUUUAUAACCUUGCCAACAGUGCAAUUGUGAUACUUGUUGCUGAUGUUGAAGGAGCGUGUGAUGCAGCUAUCCAAGCAAUGACCAAGACAAACUGGAUGGGGGUUGAUGCAGUAGGCGAUGAGAGUCCUUUCAUUGGGUCGAUUCGUACUCAUCUGAAGCAAGGUGUACCAGUUAUACGUGACCUUCUGAGUGACAGACGUAAAUAUUUUGCCCAUUUCUGUUUGAAGUUGGCUACUCAAUUAUCGCACAAAUUUGUCGGAUCAAUCUUUCGAUGUAGACCAAUCUCGAUGCAUGGGGCCGAACAAUUGCUGUUGGAUACACACGCCUUGAAAACAUUUUUGUUGACACUACCUUCAAUUGAGAGUCAAGUACAAACAAAACCCCCGGUUGCUUAUACAAAUGCGAUAAGCUCAGCAUUGACUAAAGCGGAAAUGAUCUUGAAGAUUGUAAUGCAUGAUAUCUCAAUACCAGAACAAUUUGUUGCAACCUACUGUAGUCUAUUACCACAGAGUGAUCUAAAUGAACUUCAAAAGGUAUUGGAAAUGAAAGGAGUGAGAAGAGCCGAUCAGAGUUCAAUCGUUGCUGCAUAUCGUUCACAUCUCGGAAUUGACGAUGGUCAACUUUCAACUCAACCUCGCACGGCGACAGAAAUUUUAACGUCAGUGGUUUCGGAUGCGGGUGGGUUAGCCGAUACGAGUAUGCGACGACUUGAACGUCUUGUUAAAAAAGUU